AGUUCAAAGUUGGACAGUUACGAGCAUGUUUUGAUGUGUUUGAUAUGCAGGAGUCUGUUUGAUGAUCAUGAUCAUCAGCCGAAAUUUUUACCGUGCCAUCACACAUUCUGUAAAGAUUGUUUGAGGGAGUUUGUUCGCCAGAUGGGCGAUGAGAUUGAAUGCCCAUCUUGCAGGAAA